AUGCCGGCUGUGCCAUUCGCGGCACCUGUCUGGCUAACGAUUCUCACAUCAUUCCUGGCGUUCUCUCACGCGCGGGAUCUCUCCAACCACAGCCUUCCCACGACCAGGAAUUCUGGAAACGUCACGGUGACUGCCGUUCCCCCCUCGUCUUCCCGCGAACACGCCGAAUUCGACGGCGCGCGCGGGAAUCUCGUGAACCAUAAUCUACACGGGGGCUCUCUCGCCACCGCCGCCACCGCCGCCGCCGCAGAAGUUGGAAAGCCGACGCAAUUCUCCACUCGGUCCGCGAUAAGCGCCUAUAACGGGCCGCGAAUGACGGAGGAAGCGACGGUUCCGGAAUGGCUGGACCGGAACGCGCUGCGCGAACUGGAGGAGAGACUAAAUCAUCUGCUUGGCGAUGGCGAGCCUCUCGGUAACGACGGCGACGAUGUUCUUCAAGCUCAGGCUGAUGCCGAUGAUGGCGUGUUCGAAGUUGGUAACUGGGAUUCGCUUGGGUUUUGGAGAGACAAGGGCGAAACGGGAAGCGGUGGAUCGAAGGGAGCGGAAAAGGAGAUCGCGUUUGGAGAUUGGGAGCGAGAAAUUGGCGUGAGGACGACAGCGAAGAGUGAUCCGACGGUGCGGAGGAGAUCGCUGCGGAAAAAGCCGAUCGUGCCGGAUCUGAUCGUGGCUCAGGACGGGUCGGGAAACGUCACUAACCUCCAGGAUGCAAUACAUAUAAUCAACAGCGAGGGGAGCAGCGCAUGGUACAUAGUGCUGCUGAAGCCGGGGCGGUAUGCAGGCAACGUGGAGGUGGAGCGAGAUAACGUGGUGCUGCUAGGCAGCGGUGCGUGGCAGACGGUCAUCACAGGGAACCGCAGCAAUGGCACUGGCUUUGAUACAUGGAAUACGACCUCAUUUGCUGCGGCGGGCAACAACUUUGUGACGAUGGGCAUUCGCUUUGAGAACACGGCAUCGCCUGACAUGGAGGCUGCAGUUGCGUUCCGAGCAUCCGGGGACAGAACCAUUGCGUACCGCUGUGUCUUUCUUGGCUUCCAGGACACCUUGAACGCGCACCGUGGCCGGCAGUACUACCGCAACUGCGCCAUCUACGGCCAUGUGGAUUUCAUCUACGGCCGCCACGGCGCAGCCGUCUUUGACCGUUGCCGCAUCGUGCCCAUCCCGCGCCCCGAGACCAACAGCCCCGCCACCAUCGCCACGCACGGAGGAGACUCAGCCGCCACUAGUGAAGGCGGGUUCAUCUUCUACCGCUGCUGGAUCGCACGAAUCAGCGAGCGCGUGACAACAUACCUGGGCAGGCCGUGGAGGCCGCAUGCGCGUGUCGUGUACAUGUAUAGCUACCUUUCUAAUGCUGUCGUUCCCGAAGGGUGGGCUCCGUGGCCUGGGAAGAGCUUUGGGCCGAUGGCUUUUCUGGGGGAGUAUAGAAACACAGGGCCGGGUGCGUGGACGGGUGGGCGCGUAAGGUGGGCUCGGCCUGGCUUGCUGAAUGCAACGCAGGUGGCUCCGUUCAUGCCUGAAGCGUUUAUUCAGGGCAGCCGUUGGGUGCGCAGGACACCUGUGGAGAUUGUAUACCGUUGA